ACCUCAGGCUUUUCAAAAUGUGAUAAAUAACAGCAUGAUCAACAUUUGACUUAAUUUUCUAUUUCAACAUUUUAAGACAAAGUUCACGAUUAAUAUUAUAUAAUUAAUAUGAAUUGCAUUUUUUUUUUCCCGAAAAAAGUAAGAUUAAUAUGCCUACUUUCUACGACGUCAGAACCAAGUCGGAUGAGCCACAUACUCCAAACAGACUCAACUAUGAUAUUGGAUGAAAAAUUCUUUCUCAUGCCUCCUACAGUACAUGAGACUAAAUAUGUACCCUAUGGCGCACAUUGCCUGUUUAAAGGUUAAUGACCAUUUACAAAAAAUAUUUUUUUAAAAAAUUAAUGUGAUAUGACAUAUUGUAAACAAACCACAAAUUAGGCCUAUGCACCAUAGUGCAGCAUAAAAAUGUGUCUGCAGACUUUAACCCUUCCCCAUUUUGUCAACAGGCUAAAAAGUAGCGUGUAUCAUGGGAAGUCUUGUUUGCAUCUCUCUCUUUCUCUUUUAUGUUGCUGUCAUUGUUUUUGUAGCACAGCCAAAUCAAACAAAUGUUUCUUUUAUCAUGACUGUUAGACCCUUGCUCUGUCAAUAGAGAGGCAUUGCAACUGUAGCCAUAAAAACUACGGAGAGAAAAAAAAAAUCCUCUCAACUGCUUUAUCAUUUUAGUAAAAGUGCUAUUGACAUCUGCUUGUCAUGGCUGGAAAUGUUCUAAUAAUUUGCCUGCUGUGGGCAUGUGUGAGUGUGUGUGAACGUGAGCCGGCCAUGUUUGGGGAGGUGUCUUCUCCACAGUAUCCUCAACCAUAUCCAGCAGAUAUCUUGGAAGAGUGGGACCUGGAGGUGCCGCAGGGGUAUCAGAUCCAACUAAAGUUCAAUCACUUGGACAUUGAGCCCUCUCCAAACUGUUACCAUGAUUCUCUCAUUGUUAUGUCUGAUAAGAAGGUUUCACCCUGGCUCAUUUUUCUAACUGAUGAUUCAAAACCCAAAUCCCACAUGGGAUUUAAUGCAUCCUACCAGGCUGUUGAUCCAAAGCCCCUGCUAAAUGGAGGCGUUCGGUUUAUCAAAGGAUCCAACAAUGAGUAUCAUUCAGUCAUUGAGUAUUACUGCAAUGAGCCUUACUACACAUUUGAAGGAACUCCUAAUGUAAGAUACACCUGCUCAGAAGACCAGAAGUGGACAGCAGAUGACAACAAAGACAGUAUUCCUCCUUGUGUUACUGUGUGUGGAAUGAAUACAGAGGUCUCUUUUGGUGCCAGAGUCUUUGGUGGGAUGCCAGCCAGACCUGGGCAGAUUCCCUGGCAGCUCUUACAUAGAUCAGCUCCCAGAGGUGGUGCAUCUCUGAUCAGUGAUUACUGGGCUCUAACAGCUGCUCAAUUAGUAGAUCGAUAUGAAAACACCAACAUGACUUGGUUAGGGGGAAUAAUUGAUGGUCAAGACAAAAACCAAGUCACUAUGGAGACAGAGAAGAUCAUAAUUCACCCAAAUUAUACUAGAGUUGGUAAAGGUAAAGAACAAAAAAACUUUGAUAGUGACAUUGCCCUGAUCAAAAUGUCUGCCAGGGUUCCACUCGGUCCAAACAUCAGGCCAGUGUGUCUGCCAAAGAAAACACAUGAAUCUGUAAUGGAGGGCACAAUGGGUACAAUAUCAGGUUUUGGUGGGUUUGAGCGGGGCAUAAGUAAACUUUUACGUUAUGGGCAUGUUCAGGAAUAUCCUCUUGAUAAGUGUGAAUUAGGGGAUCUACCUGUCACUGAAAACAUGUUCUGUGCUGGAGAUGAUGUUAAAAGUGUUGACAGUUGUACAGGUGAUGCUGGAAGUCCUCUGUUCUUUCCCAUGUUGGGCUACGGAACCAAAGAGCAGCCCUAUGAGUUGAGGGGCAUUGUGUCAUGGGGUCCUCGUGGAUGUGGUAAUGAAUACUCUAAAAGUUUCUACACAAAAGUGCAGAACUACCUAGACUGGAUCAGAGAAACAAUGGAAAAUAAUUAACAUCUGUAGUGCAAGUCAAGGCAUUAUCAGUGUUUAGUGAUACCUGAGAUCAGUUUCUAAAAAAAGUUUUAAGCCAAAAAGUUUUUAGAAUAAAAGGAUUUUAUAAUGAUAAUAAACCAAAACUGUUUUCUAUUUCAGCAGGUAGAAAACUAAUGAAAUAAAAUCGGAGCCUAUUUCUGUCUUUUCCAAGUUGUCAAAAUGUUUCAAAAUAAAUGAGCAAAGAUGAUUAUUUUAUAAUGUUAUCUCCCUCUGCUGGGUAAAAAUAAAGUAAAAUGAAGUUUGUUGUGAA